GGGGCCGGCCGCGCGCCCUCCUCAGGGGUCUCGGGACGCCGCCGCGCCGGGCCUCGCUCCCCGCUCCCCUUUUUUCCCCGAAGCCGUGAAGUGUCUCUUUGUCCGGCCCCCUCCGCCCCAGCUGAGCCUAGUGAGGCUGGGGGGGGGGGGGCCAGGGUGUAGUCCCUCGGCUUUUCCCUGUGGCUCCUCGGGGUCUUCUUCACCCGGGCCUUCUCCCUUCGGCUCCGCCCCCAAGCUCCCCGUUGCUAUGGCGACGAGCUCAUUGGUGUGGAAGCUGGCGGGGCUGCUGCAGGAUUCGGGUGACCUGGUCCUGUCCGGCUGCAGCACGCUGACCCUGCUGACCACCACCCUGCAGCAGCUGAACCGUGUGUUUGAGCUUCACCUGGGACCCUGGAACCUCGGCCAGGCGGGCUUUGUGGCCCUGCCCUCCCACCCCGCUGACUCCCCAACACUUCUGCAGCUUCAGUUCCUCUUUGACGUGCUGCAGAAAACACUCUCGCUAAAGCUGGUACAUGUCCCAGGCCCUGGCCCUCAAGGUCCCAUCAAGAUCUUCCCCUUCAAGGCCCUGAAGCAGCUGGAGCUUCGGGCUGUCCCCCUUCACUGUCUGUGUGGCCUCCGUGGGAUCUACGCUCAGCUAGAGAAGUUGAUCUGUAGCAGGAGCCUCCAGGCACUAGAGGAACUCCUCUCAGCUUGUGGAGGGGACCUCUGCUCUGCUCUCCCCUGGCUUGCUCUGGUUUGUGCUGAUUUUAGCUACAAUUCAUUGACUGCCUUGGACAGAUCCUUGCACCUCUUGUCAGCUCUUCAGAUUCUGAAUCUGAGCCACAAUCAAGUCACAGACUGUGAAGACUUCUUGACUGCACUGUCUGAGCUGCAGCAUCUGGAUGUCUCUUAUAACCGCCUUCAAUCAGUCCCAGCGAUGGGCCCCUCAGGGACUGUGCUGAGGACGGUGGUGCUGAGGGGCAAUGAGCUUCGAAGCUUGUCUGGGCUGGAUCAGCUGAGGGGCCUUCGGCAUCUGGACGUGGCCUAUAAUCUGCUGGAACAACACAGGGAGCUGAUGCCCUUGAGGAUGCUGGCUGAGCUCCAGAGACUUCACCUGGAGGGGAAUCCUCUGUCCUUUCACCCUGAUCACCGAGCAACUACCAUCCAGUAUUUGUCCCCACAGGCCAGGGAUGCUUCUCUCCCUGGGUUUCUCCUUGAUGGGGAGCCACUGUCACCUGCAGACUUGCAGCCUCCCACAUCUUCCAGGCUUUGCUCCUUGGCCCUCCCUUUCCCCCCUACAGCUGGAAGUGCCUUAGAGACGUCAUGCGGCCCCGACCUGAGUGACAGCCCCUCUUCUGGAGGGGUCCUGUUUCGCCCUCUCCCUCGUAAGGCUAAGAGCCGAGUCCGAGUGAGGCAUGCAAGCAUCUCGGAGCCAAGUGAUACUGAUCCUGAGCCCAGAACUCCAGACGCCUCUCCUGCUGGCUGGUUUGUGCAGCAGCAACGGGAACUUGAGCUGAUGAACAGUUUUCGGGAGAGAUUUGGUUGUGAUUGGCUCCAGUAUCGAAACCACCUAGAGACGACCCCUGGGACGCCUCCUCUGGGAGCCCCCAAGACCUCUGAUUUUGGCACAGUCCCCUUGGACCCCCCAAACCCUCAGAGCCUUUCGAGCUCACUGCAUUUGGGGGAAGGAGCCAGUAGUUUAGAUGAAUCCCUCGUGAUUGGGGACAAGGUGGAAGAGGAGGUGGCUGAAGAGAAGGAAGAGGUGAUGGAAGAGAUAGCCGUAGAGGAAGAUGCUAAGGAGGAAAAGGAAGAGGAGAUAGAAGAUCAAGAAGUGGAGGCGGAGCUGUGUCGCCCUAUGCUGGUGUGUCCUCUGGAGGGGCCUGAUAGGGUGCGUGGCCAGGAGCGGUUUCUGCGGGUCACAUCUGGGCACUUACUGGAGGUGGAGUUGCAGGCAGCACAGAUCCUGGAACGACUGGACCUUCGGAGCCUUCAAGCGGCUGAGUUGGAGACAGAGGCAGAACCUCAGACUCAGAGCUGGGCAGUGCCUGUGGACUCUGAGCAUGCUGCCGCCACCCCAGUUCUUGUCCUGCGCUUCUCCUACAUCCGUUCUGACCGGCAGUUGCGGCGAUACCUGGUGCUGGAGCCCGAUGCUCGUGCUGCCUCGGAGGAGCUGCUGGCUGUCUUGGCCCCGGCAGCAGCUGCCUCUAGGCCUCAGGUCGGGGCAGCCGGAGGCCCCUCAGGAGGCCGGCUCAGAUGCCUCCGCUGUCAUCAGAUCAGCGCAGCGGGGACUCCUCAGGAGGAGCUGGGUGCCCAGGGCCAGUGGGCCUCAGGGACUGAUACCCCACUGCUGUGCCCCGUGUGUGGCAGUGACCACGUUGUUCUGUUGCCUCAACACGAUGAAACCCCCAGAGGGGAGCAGAAGGAAGGGGAGCUGGACCCAGCUUCCUUUGCCCUCCCUAGGACCCCUCCGAACUCUCCAGAUGGUGGCAGUGGUGAUAAUUCCAACACACCUUCCCUUCAGGCCCAUGCUCCCCCGGCUGCUGACAGCUGGGACCUUUGUCCUCCCUCUGACCGCGCUGGGCUCCGCUCUGUGGAUCACCGACUCCGACUGUUCCUGGACGUUGAGGUCUUUGAGGACAGCCAGGAAGAAUUCCAGUGCUGUCUGCAGGUGCCGGUGGUCCUGCGCAGCCAGUCCAGGGAGUCUCCUUCCCUCGUUGUGGUGUCUGAUCUCAGACUCUAUGUGCUGGAGGUGACCGGGGAGAUCCAAGGCCAGCCUUCCAGCUGGCUGCAGCCGGGCUCGGCCGUCUCCCUGCAGGAGCUGAGCUGCCUGGAGCUCGGCCUGUCUGCACAGAGCCUUCGGCUGGAGUGGGCAGGGGGUGGAGGUGGCUGUGUCCUGCUGCCCCGAGAUCCCCGGUGCUGCCGCGCAUUCCUGGAGGAGCUCAGUGCCGUCCUGCAGCUGCUGCCUCCUGGUCGAAGGCCCUGUGUCACUGCUACCAAAGAGGAAAUGACUCCCCAGCACCGACUCUGGCCUCUGCUAGAUAGCGGCUCCAGUCCUGAGGACCCACAGUUCUUCUACCUGCAGGUGUUUCUGGUUGAAGGCAACACUUCCUGCCCAAUGACCCUGCUGAUAACUCCAUCCACCUUGUAUCUGCUGGAUGAAGGCCCUGUGUGGUCCCAGGCUGGGCCUUCUCCUCCAGAGACAGCCGGAGAAGCCCCUGUAACGACGCCUUCCUCAAGACUGGAUCCUUCUGUCCAUGUCCAUGAGCAGCAGCUGCUCAGCAGCCUCAACUCCAUACAGGUUUAUCGAACAGCGCCGACGGACUUCCGUCUGUCACUGUAUGAUGAGGUGUCACGACUUGAGAGUUUUUGGUCUCUUCGUGUUGUGUGUCCGGAGCAAUUGACUGCGCUGCUGGACUGGAUCCGAGGUCCCUGGGAGGAGCUGUUUUCCAUUGGGCUCCGCGUGCUGACGCUGGAGGCCCCAGACACUGAACCAUGAGACUGGAUGUGGGGCUGUGCCCUCCAGGAACUGACCUGACCCGUCAUGCUGUUCACUGUCCAAUCGCUUGUCCCCGAUCCCUUUAGGGAAGGACACGAGUGUGCUGCUGUGGUCUCUGGGCAGCUCUGAGCAGAGACGACCAAGCUGACCGAGCUGUCAGCAGAGAGGCUGCUCCAGGGAUCAGGCCAAUUAUGGCCUUUGACAAUGUGACAUUGACUAUUUCUCAGGUGCCAAUAAAGUUUUUUGCAUUCCUGA